CAGAGUCGUAUCCACCAUGUGUUAAUUUUAGAAGCAGCGAGGAAGAGAAUUAAAUGAAGCUGAGGUAACACUGCGUUGGUAUCUUCGUCAGUCUCAUACCAUUCUUAGAACAGUGCGGGAUGUUUUAAUUGUUUGUUAGUGGAUUGAAUCAUUGUCAUCAAUAUUAAGAAAUGUGACCUGUGAUUUUUUUUUUGGAAAAUAUUAAAUGAAGUGAAUGCGAAGAAUGUCAUUUUGUUGUGUUUUCAGUUUGAACCUGUGAUUCUGCUUUCUAUAUCGGAGGAUUUCAUGGUACAGUGUAUUGGUGGAUUUCUUCGGAAUCUUAUCAGUUUUGUUGAGAGUGGUGAUGAAGAAGUUGUACGCAAAAAUCAAUAAUAAACUCACGUCGCGUCAAAAGAGCCCAAACAAUCCCAGAAAAUCGGGAUUCUAUGAUGUUCAGGAAGCCGAGAAAGAGUAUGAAAUUAGCAGGAGUAUUCCGAACGGUGUUUUCAUGAACGAUAGCUUCAGUGAGGACGACUCAAAAUUUGAGGAUGCUAGAACUUCAAUGGUUGACUCUGUGACUGAAGAGGGUGAGGAUGACGAUGAUCGAGUUUACGUCGAUAUCGAUUUAAAGAAGAAGGAUGAUGAACCGUUUGAGAUGGAAACAUCAGAAUAUGAUGUACCUCGUAUAAGCUUCAAGUUUUUCGAAAAACAUGUGCGACAUAAGCAGCAGGAUCAAGACAAUACCUAUGAAAAUGUUGCUGGAGAAACAGGCGAACAUCCUAGACACUCUACCCCUAUUCCAGUUAUUUCAGUAACUUCGGCCGAUGAGUCUGCAGUUUCGAAAGAUAAGCCAUCCACUCCAGUACCUCGUUUGAGGAGCGAAGUCAAGAUCAUAAUGACAGCCGUAGAUAUAGAUAUUGGCGAAGGAGACACCGCAGAAUGUCACGUAGAGGAGCUGAAGGGAGUGGAAAAACUGGAACAGAGUAAGUCAAGAAGCGUCUCCCAGGAAUUUGUGAGCACAACAUCAAUAGAGUUCAGCAAAUCUCUUGUCAAGCCACAAUUCUCUUUGAAGAAAUGCGAGAGCUUCCCAAGCGUUCUUAGGAAUAUUAGGGAUGACGAAGACGACGAGGAGAAUUUUUACAAAGUCCCUAGAUGUCUCAAAAGGAACAGAUUGUCACAAUCGCUCAAAGAUUUCGAAGCCGAGGACAAUGAUUUGGCGACGAGAAUUUCAAGUGCUUCCAGUGUUGAUUGCCUCUCAAUCUCCCGUACAUGUCCCAUUCCUAAUCGAACUGAGUGCUCGUCUGAACCAAGUAAGGGUUAUGCCAGUGAGGAAACCAUCCAUAGAAAAAGGAAAAAUCUGAAGAGUUUCCUAAGAAAACCACGCGAUAGACUGCAAGUUUUGAAAACCAGAUUCAAUAAUAUGAUGAACGACCAAGCAGCUCUUCAGAGGGUUGGAGCUUUUGAAGAUAAGCCCAAACUGACGAUUAAUUUCGACGGAGUGCUAAAAAAUUCCAGGAUGAAGUGUAAAGAUAUGAUCAAAAGCACCGGUAAAUUUUUCCAUAAAAGAAGGAGUUCCACAAACAGCUCUACGAUGAAUUCCGUGGAGGAUCUGACAAAAAUUUCGUGCACUCCGGUAAGGACAGAACUGAAAGCUAGUGAUAUCGAGUAUAAAUUGAACACAAGUGACCAUAGUGAAAAUCGAUGUAGUGAUAAGGAAAACGAUGAACCUAAUACCUCAACGGAAGGCGCAGCUGAUCAUGGUUUGAUUAGAUCGAAGUUUGGAAAAAUAUGUAGCCCAGUUUCAGUGAAGGGACAAAAUGGAUUCGAGGAUUUACGGAGAUACGUCAAAAAUGGAAGUGACUUCUGCAAAGAGUUGGCAACAAUACUUCAAGACAGGGCGGAAGCUGAAACGGCUUAUGCGAAGAGCCUUUCAAAAUUAAGCGUGAAACUCACAAGGGUGUGCCGAGAUGGUGUUGGAACAUUAAACGAGGGCUGGAAAGCAGUUGCUCAAGAAUUGGAAGCACGUGCUGAGAGCCACCGUGUUUUGAGCUCGGCUCUUUUGGAGGAAUCGGCAAAGCCUUUAAAAUCGAUGUCGGAGGGCCAACAGAAAUGCAGAAAACAAGCGGAAAGUGCUGUAGAUAGGGCUGCGAAAUCUCUGGGUGAUUUGAGACAAAGCGAAGGAAAAUACAAGAAAAAUAGCCAUAUUUGCGCGAGGGAAAAUGAGAAACUGCAAGACGCUGCUCUAAUAGACAAUACAAGGUUAUCGAGAAGUACUAGUUUGAUUCAUCUAGGAAACAUUCAAAAAAUUCCUUCGGAAAGAGAUAAUGCAAAGUUGGAACUCAAAAGGCGUAAAGCAGAAGAAAAUACUAAGAAAGCUGAUAUUGAAUAUUACGAGACAUGUGUUAAAGCAGAGAGAACAAGACUUGAAUGGGAAUCAGCGGUGCUUAGAGGUGUCGACACAUUUCAAUCUUUGGAAGAAGAAAGGCUGAACUGUUUAAAGAAUGCUCUGGAAUCUUACAUACACCAUAGCACUGAGCUCACUCCAAGACUCACUGAAGUUACUGAGCGUUUAAGGCUGCCAGUAGCACAAAGUGAACCAACCAAAGAUUUAACCACAUUCUUGAAUUUGAGGCAAACCUCACAACAAGUCUCGGAACAACUCCUGCCUGAUUUUUACUGCGAGCAUAUCACGUUGGCCAUGAAUCGUGAAAGGCGUAAAAAGGCCCUUGUUGAGCUGCUGAAUAUCAUAAGAAAGGAUAUUGAAUGUGAACGGAAACAGAAGAACGGUGUAGAAAACAUGUCUAAGGCUAUCAAACAAAAUCCAACAUUCGGAGCUAAAGAUUCUCAGAAUACAUUUAGCGAAAAGCUGUAUCAUUUCAAAUCUAUGUUAAUUUACUUCGAGGCGACUAGGUAUAAGGUUCAGAAUGCAUUGGCUGAGCUAGAUAGUAAUCCCAGAACUGGACAUCCGUUGGCUUCUCAUAUUACUAUUACCAGAGAUAAAUCAGGAUUGCAACAGAGUGUGUUGAAAGUGCCACAAUGGUUGCGAGAAGAGCUGAUAGAUUGUAAUAGGAGCCCAGUCAGUGAGAAGUCUCUGAAUUCUGCGAAAUCAGAUUUGCAGAUACAUGAGAUUGAAGAUCGCGCCGACUGGUCUGACAGAGGAGCCGCGGAUGGAAACUCUAAUCAACACGAUUCUGAUUUCGAUGAGUUCUCUUCCCAAUGUAGCAGUUCGGGAGAUGCCAAAUAUGCUUCAGAAGAUGGCAUAGUUCAACCAGUAGCUCAGUGUAAGGCACUCUAUCAUUAUACUCCAAAUUUCACUGACGAACUAGAAUUAAAUCCCGGGGAUAUGCUAUCCGUGUACAGAAAACAGGAGGAUGGCUGGUGGUUGGGAGAGUGUAACGGGAAUGUUGGAAUAUUUCCCGCUACAUACGUGGAAGUUGUACCGACGUAGAAUGAGGACUAUUGGACUGACAUAUAUUUAGAUCUUAAUAUAUUAUGAAAAUAAAACAUGAAAAUAUUAUUUUUCCGUAUUAAUAAAUUGUUUAGUAACGAC